AUGGACGCUACGCAAAAACAGAAUUGCGACAGGAAGGACAAGACUAAUGUCGGCCACGGCACUGUGGCGGUACGACUAUCAGAAAAGAUCGGAAGUGUCACCCGUUCUAAGAAUCAAAGUGGACACAGAUCGUCCACUAAGGUUAUUUCCUACGGAGCUCCCAAGAGAAAGCUGGUUGAUAAAGAUAUGGCCCCAUACAACACGAUAGCUCAAGUUAGCAAUGGAAAUAGUUUGAUGAUAUAUGGAUUCAUAAACAAUUUAUCUUGCAAAUUUGUUGUGGAUACUGGAGCAUCACGGACAAUUGUGAGUUCCGAAUUAUUACAACAUCAAAUACAAAAAGAAAAGUGCGUCCCAGAUGGUCAACUCGAAACAGCUACUGGUGAACGAAUCCGCUCCUUCGGUAAAAUUGACUUCCAGUUUAAAAUUGGAAACCUAAUCUACCCUCAAUCAGUCACCAUGGCUCAAAUCACCGACGAUUGCCUUUUGGGCUUAGACUUCUUAACAGAUCAUAAGUGUAUAAUAGAUUUAAACAAAGGAGUAAUAGUGUUUCCCGAUCAAGAAAUCCAGUUUUCCUACUAG